AUGGCCUUAAAUCUCGUCAUCAACAGAACCAAUCCGCCUCUCGGAGCCCUUCUGGCUGCUGAGCAUGUGAAGAGCAGCGUUCAAGUGUCAGUGGAAGAGGGAAAAGACAACCACCUUCAUGUCUCUGAUGCUAUUGAGUUCAAUGACACCAACUCUAUCAGCCGGUACUUGGCUCGUGUGGCUCCUGCUCUUGGCCUGUACGGAACCAACAUGAUGGAGCAGACUGAGGUUGACCACUGGUUGGAGUUCAGUGCUCGUCGUCUGUGUGGUCAAGCUGGUUUGACUGAGGCGCUGGUGGAACUGGACAAAGCCCUGUCCCUGCGGACCUUCCUGGUGGGACAUGUCAUCACCCUGGCUGAUAUCUCUGUUUGGGCUGCCCUGAAGGGUCACAAGGAUUGGCAGAGCGAAGGAAAAACCUUUUCCCACGUCAGUCGUUGGUUUUACUUCCUCAGCUCCCAGGUUCCCUUCUCUGCUGUGAGCAACAAGUACAGCGCUAAGACAGCAGCAGGCAACAAAUCGCAAACAAGCGAGAAGAAGCAGGAUUUAGGAAAGUUUGUGGAUUUGCCAGGAGCUGAAAUGGGCAAGGUGGUGGUUCGAUUCCCACCUGAGGCCAGUGGAUACCUGCACAUUGGCCACGCAAAGGCUGCUCUGCUCAACCAGCAUUACCAGCUCACAUUCAAGGGCAAGCUGAUCAUGCGCUUUGAUGACACCAACCCAGAGAAGGAAAAGGAAGACUUUGAGAAGGUGAUCCUGGAAGAUGUUGCCAUGCUCCAGAUCCAUCCUGACCAGUUCACCUACACUAGUGACCAUUUUCCCAAAAUAAUGGAGUUUGCUGAACAGCUGCUCACUGAGGGCAAGGCCUACAUUGACAACACCCCACCUGAGCAGAUGAAGCAGGAGAGGGAGCAGCGCGCCGAGUCCCAGUGCAGAAAUAACACUCUGGAGAAGAACAGGAAGAUGUGGGCAGAGAUGAAAGCUGGAACAGAGUUUGGUCAGACCUGCUGCAUGAGAGCCAAGAUGGACAUGAACUCCAACAACGGCUGCAUGAGAGACCCCACCCUGUACCGCUGCAAAACCCAGAGCCACCCCCGCACCGGAAAGACCUUCAACGUCUACCCCACCUAUGACUUUGCCUGCCCGAUUGUGGACAGCUUGGAGGGUGUGACCCACGCUCUCAGGACCACCGAGUACCACGAUCGCGACGAGCAGUUCUACUGGAUCAUCGAAGCCCUGCGCCUCAGGAAACCCUACAUCUGGGAGUACGCCCGACUCAACCUCAACAACACCGUGUUGUCCAAGAGGAAGCUGACCUGGUUUGUGGACCAGGGGUACGUCGAUGGAUGGGACGACCCCCGGUUCCCCACCGUCAGAGGAGUCCUGAGGAGAGGAAUGACCGUGGAGGGUCUGAAACAGUUCAUUGCUGCUCAGGGAGGAUCCAGGUCUGUGGUGAACAUGGAGUGGGACAAGAUCUGGGCCUUUAAUAAGAAGGUCAUUGAUCCAGUGGCGCCCAGAUUCACGGCUCUGUCUGCCUCCUAUUCUGUUCCUGUGUUUGUCCCGGAGGCUGUAGAACAGAUGAAGGAAGUGGCCAAACACCCUAAAAACACAGACGUUGGCAUGAAGGAGGUUUGGUUCAGUCCCAGAGUUCUGAUCGAAGGUGCGGACGCUGAGACUCUGUCCGAGGGCGAGGUGGUCACGUUCAUUAACUGGGGAAACCUCAUCAUCACCAAGAUCAACAAAGGGGCCGACGGUAAGGUGGUUUCCUUGGAGGCUCGUCUGAACCUGGAGAACACGGACUACAAGAAGACCACAAAGAUCACCUGGCUGGCCGAAACGAAAAGCGCUCCACUGGUGCACACCAUCUGCAUCAACUACCAGCCGCUCAUCAACAAAGCUGUCAUCACUAAAGACGACGACUUCAAAGACUACAUCAACAAGAACAGCAAGUCGGAGGAGAAGAUGCUGGGAGAUCCCUGUCUGAAGAGCCUUAAGAAAGGUGACAUCAUUCAGCUGCAGAGACGAGGCUAUUACAUCUGCGACGAGCCCUAUGAGCCCGUCAGUCCUAACAGCUGUAAGGAGAGCCCCUGUGUCCUGCUCUACAUCCCUGAUGGUCACACCAAAGAAAUGCCCACAGCUGGAUCCAAGGACAAGAACAAGAGCCAAACAUCGAGCAACACGUCUGCCAAACCUGCCAAGGCUGCAAAAACUGCAGCUCCUGCCCCUGCUCCUGCCCCUGCCCCAACCACUGACAUCUUCCACAGCAUUAUAGCUCAGGGUGAUGCCGUCCGUCAGCUGAAGACGGCCAAAGCCCCUAAAGAAGAAGUGGACAAGGCAGUUCAGCAGCUGCUUUCUCUGAAGGCUCAGUUUAAGGAGCAGACAGGUAUGGACUAUAAACCAGGUAUGGCUCCUCCCACCCCGGCUCCAGCUGAACCCAAACCAUCAGCCGAACCCAAACCAUCAGCCGACACCAACGCUUGUCCGUACACCCGUGUCACUCAGCAGGGGGAGCUGGUCAGGAAACUGAAGGCAGAGAAGGCCCCAAAGGAGCAGAUCGACGGAGCCGUGAAGACGCUCCUCGCCCUAAAGGCAGAGUUUAAAAAGCUGACUGGUCAGGAGCGUAAACCAGGAAUGGCCCCGCCCACCGCCACCACCACCACCACCUCCUCCCCUUCUCCUUCCCCUGUGGCCUCCUCCUCUUCCUCCUCCUCUUCCUCAGGCCUUUAUGAGCGUGUUGCGCAACAGGGAGAGGCUGUGAGGAAGCUGAAGUCUGAGAAAGCCCCGAAGGACCAGGUAGAUGCAGCAGUUAAACAGCUGCUGGUCCUGAAGGCAGAGUACAAGCAGCUCACAGGUCAGGAUUACAAACCCGGUGAGGCCCCUGUCCAAAAGACCACCCCCACACCCGCCCCUGCUCCAGUCCGAGGCAGCUCCGCCCCUGCUGCUACCGGUCUCUAUGAGAAAGUUACUGCACAAGGAGAGUUGGUCAGAAAACUGAAGGCUGAGAAGGCAGCAAAGGAUCAGGUCGAUGCUGCAGUAAAGGAGCUGUUGACUCUGAAAGCCGAGUUCAAACAGCAGACGGGACAGGAUUACAAACCAGGACUUCAAGUCCCUGCAAGUCCUGCCUCCACCCAAACAACCACGAUGGCAGCUACACCGGCCUCCACGUUGUCAGAGGCACAGGAGAUUUUUGCACGAGUGGCCCAGCAGGGGGAGCUGGUGAGAAAGCUAAAGUCUGAGAAGGCUCCAAAGGAUCAGGUAGAUGAAGCAGUAAAGACUCUGCUGGACCUGAAGAACAAGUACAAAAAUCUCACAGGAGAGGAAUACAAACCAGUAGCCGCCACUGGGGGCACAGGUGGAGAUGAGAAGAACCGCAAGGAAAAGGAGAACAAGUCUGAGAAACAGGGAGGAGGAGGAGGCAAGAAGGGCAAAGGAGACAAGGGCGGACAGGGCAAGGAGUCAUCGGCCGGAGCAGGAGGAGCAGGAGAUGGACAGGGAUCCAAGAAACAAACACGGUUGGGCUUGGAGGCCAAGAAGGAGGAGAACUUGGCUGACUGGUAUUCUCAGGUUAUCACUAAAGCAGAGAUGAUCGAGUAUUACGAUGUCAGCGGCUGCUACGUGCUGCGACCCUGGUCCUACGCCAUCUGGGAGUCCAUCAAGGAUUUCUUUGACCGGGAAAUUAAAAAGAUGGGAGUGGAGAACUGCUACUUCCCCAUGUUUGUCUCUCAGGCUGCCCUGGAGAAGGAAAAGUCUCACAUCGCAGACUUUGCUCCAGAGGUUGCCUGGGUAACCCGGUCUGGAAAAACAGAGCUGGCAGAGCCCAUUGCUGUCAGACCAACCAGUGAGACAGUCAUGUAUCCAGCUUACGCAAAAUGGGUCCAGUCCCACAGAGACCUGCCCAUCAAACUGAACCAGUGGUGUAACGUUGUGAGGUGGGAGUUUAAACACCCCCAACCCUUCUUGAGGACUCGUGAGUUCCUGUGGCAGGAAGGACAUUCAGCGUUUGCCACAAGAGAGGAAGCAGUUGAAGAGGUGAUGCAGAUCCUGGAGCUCUACGCCAGGGUGUACGAAGAGCUGCUGGCCAUCCCCGUGGUCAGGGGACGGAAGACAGAGAAGGAGAAGUUUGCAGGAGGAGAUUACACCACCACUGUGGAGGCUUUCAUCUCUGCAAGUGGAAGAGCUAUCCAGGGAGCUACGUCCCACCAUCUGGGUCAGAACUUCUCCAAGAUGUUUGAGAUCAUCUUUGAGGAUCCAAAGAAACCUGGUGAGAAGGAGUAUGCCCACCAAAACUCCUGGGGAAUCACAACCAGGACCAUCGGUGUCCUCACCAUGAUCCACGGAGACAACAUGGGACUGGUGCUGCCCCCUAGGGUCGCCUGCCUUCAGGUUGUCAUCAUUCCAUGUGGAAUCACUGCCUCCUUACCAGAGGAGGACAAGGAGGCGCUGUUAACCCAGUGUGGCAAAUACCUGAAGAAGCUGCAGGAGGCGGGCGUCAGGGUGAAGUCUGACCUCCGAGAGAACUACUCCCCAGGAUGGAAGUUCAACCACUGGGAACUCAAGGGAGUUCCAAUUCGACUCGAAGUGGGGCCCAAAGACAUGCAGCAGCGCCAGUGUGUGGCCGUGCGCAGAGACACCGGUGCAAAAAUAACAAUCCCAGAGGCAGAGGUGGAGACGAAGCUGCCCAUCAUGCUGGAGGACAUCCAGACCAACCUGUACAAAAAGGCUUCAGACGACCUCACGACUCACAUGGUGGCUGCACACUCCAUGGAAGAGUUCCAGAAAGAGUUGGACCAGGGCAAGAUCGUCCAGAUCCCGUUCUGCGGAGAUAUUCCCUGUGAGGACUCUAUCAAGAAAAUCACCACGAGGGACCAGGACCUGGAGGCUGGAGCUCCAUCCAUGGGAGCAAAGGGUCUCUGUAUCCCCUUCUCCCCACUGAAGACCCUGCAGCCUGGGCAGGCGUGCAUCAACUGCCAGAAGCCUGCACAGUUCUACACCAUGUUUGGAAGAAGCUACUAAAAUCCUGAUUGACCUUUGACCGUCGUAGUUUAAAGGGCUUUCUUCAUCCCCCCUGUGUUCAUUCAUCCUAUCCUUAUACAGUAGACCAUAAGACCACCAGAUCUGUGGGAGUGCCCUUGUGUUUUUCUUUAUUCUGUUUCAGUGAAUCUGAAAAUCCAUAGAAAUAACUAUAAAUAAUAAUAGUCAUUUCUCAAGUCAAUGAAUGACGUUUAAAAGCAACUGCUACAUUUGGAAAUGUUCUUUUUUACUAUUAUUAUUUUUAUGGCCUUACUAAAAAUUCUGUAUCAUGAAAUGUUAAACCUUAAACCCAUGUUUCAGUGAUCAUGUUGUGUCAUACAUCAGUGUUUCUGUCAACAGCAUUAAUGAGUGUGUUCGCCCUCUGUGACAUCUGGUAAAAACCUAACAAGCACUCAUGGGGGGGAGUUAGGGAGGGGGAGGGUGCUCUGUCACGUGAACAGUACUGUGCACAUCUCCAGUCCCUUGUUUCUCAGCCAAACUCUCUCAGGAAUCUGCCAGUAGUCAGGUGUGUUGGUGGCUGUUGUCACACCAGCACACGCUGCGCUCUGUUGAACUCUUCAUGCUGCGCGGCCCGACGAUGAAAACACCCAACAAAGCCAGCUGCGAAGAUUGGCUACGUACAUGUAGCCUUAUGUCAGUCUCUGAUGAAAGAACUUACCAACUUGUCUAAUAAUAAAAAAAAUAAAAAUGAAAAGCAAUAAAAAAGAAAACUGU